GGCAGCCUCAGCGGGGUCCUCGGCGGCAGCGGCGGCGGCGGUGACCUUCAGGGGUCUUCGCUGCUUCGGCCGGUCUCUCCCUCUCGCCGUUGCUCCUUCUCCGUCGCGAGGAUGGCGCAGGCCGCGCAGAGGAUGGCCAAGGCCAUGAUGACCAAGGGCCCCCCGCUCGUCUCCGCUUCUGUCGCUUACUCAAAGGUUCGUCUAGCCAAUUUCUGGUACUAUGCCAGAGUUGAGUUGGUCCCCCCAACUCCUGCUGAAAUUCCCAAGGCUAUUGACAGUAUAAAAGCAUUGGUGAAAAGCUUCCAGAGUGGACGCCUGGCACAGAUCACAGUCAAGGAAGCUCUGAGGAAUGGCUUGGUGGCUACUGAGGUGCUGAUGUGGUUUUACAUCGGUGAGAUCAUAGGCAAACGUAAACUGAUUGGAUAUAAUGUCUGAAAGUCUUUUUUUUUUCUUCCUUUUGUGUCAUAAUGGGGUCUUAAUACUAUUAAAUUUCAGCAUUGAGACUGAA